AUUGACCGCUUCCAUAAGCUAGUUCCAGAAUUAAAGGAUGACCACACAGAAAGUGACGUCUUGGGGUUUCAAUAUUGCUGCAUUGGAGCAAUCAAAAGGGGGAGACUGUGCAAGUUAUAUUACCAAUUGCGGCCAUCUGAGGGCUGUGAAGCUUAUGUCCCCCCGGUUCAAGGUAGGAUAUUCUUGCGUGUUUGUGUUUUACUUAUUUAUUUUUGGCUUCUCAAUUGUAAGCGAUUUAACUUUUUGCCUCAUUUUUGGCAACAAGAAAAGUCAUGAACAUUAAAGAACAGACAAUUAUGGAAUGACGAAGCUGAGUACGUGUAAAAGCUGAACCAGCCAGUUUGUUUUUCAUUCAAAAUAACUUAAACUUGGCUCGAAAAAUCCUUGAUUUUACCAUAACAGUUCCUCGGCAUUUUAGGACGCGACUUUCUGUCGAAUUUCGAUGCCUUUCUGCGAUCUGUUUCAGUCAAUUGUUUAGCUAUUGUCAUUACCAGUGGUGUAAAAAAAAUCGAUUGGUAUUCGAAAAAGUUUUCAAAACGUGCAACCUCGAUUCAAAGUGUACGUGAACUCGCAAUAUGGCUAACCGCGUCCUGUCAUUGGAUAUCCCAUUUAAUUUUAACGGCUCUUAGAAUGUCAACUGAAACUAAUAAGGAUGGCGUAUAAUGAAAGAGGACAGUGUGUGUGUCAUUUCUAAGUCACCAAAACGUUUUUCUCUUCCUUCUUAUUCAAACAAACGCAUUUUUAGAUGAAAGUUUUUACAUGUAAUCUUACCGUACUUUGCGAAUUCGGAAAUGGCCCAUUGUUAUUUCUAAUUGUGGGUUAAUGGGACACUUUAUGUCAGCUGACAUGGAGAGAGCGGACGGGCGGUCCUACAAACAAUCACCUUACCCAUGGGCUCCAGAGCUUUACUGAAAAAGCAAACAAACAAAUAAACAAAAACAACAAUUUUUUACAAUUAAGCACUCAGCACAAAGUGCUCACUUGAUUCAAAAGACAUAAAAACUUGACUAGACCACGUCAGGUUCGUUGAAAAGUAUCUUGAAAUUUUUGUUGAGAUUUUACUUAUGAUUACCAACUGCUGUCUUGUAUCGCAGCUCCUACUUUUGGAGAUCCUCAUGUUGUGACACUAGACGGCAGAAACUACACUUUCAACGGACUUGGUGAGUACACUAUGAUAGACAUCAACGAUGAGUUCUUCCAGCUGCAAGCUAGAACAAAACUUGCUAAAAAAGGAGGGACAGCGACCAUCUUUGCUGCGGCAGUGGCGAAGGAGGAAAGUACAAGCACAGUGCAGGUUGCUCUGAAAGAAGGAGGUCAGUAGACGAUACGAGUUUUUUUCUUUUCUCUUUUACCUUAGAUGGCAUCCUAUAAGCAGGUCAAUGUUCCUAACAUAUGAAAUUGUGUGCUUGGAUUGUUUACAGGAGGAUUGGAAGUGCUCAUAGAUGGUCAGCCAUACAAUGACUACGAUGGUUUGACAAACUCCAGCGUAUUUGUCAAUGGAUCUCUAGCACUGUCACGUCCAGAAAGCAACUCCUUCCUCGUGACGUUCCCCUCUGGGAUAUCUGUAACAGUCACUGAACUACAAGGCUCUCUUACUAUAGUCUGCGCUGCACCCAUAUCCUUCAAAGGAAACACCAAGGGGCUCUUAGGGACUUGGAACGAUGACACCCUUGAUGACUUCUUGAGACCUGAUGGAACAACGCUACCAUCCAACGCCACAGGCCGUCAGAUACAUUUCGAUUUUGGCUUACAUUGUAAGUCUCAUCACACUUUAGUGCCACGUUUAUAGUAUUUCAUGUUAUAUAGUCUUUAACAGUGUUCUAGACGGCUACCUUCGUUAUCCAGUAUUUAGUAUAAAUGUGCAGGCAAGAGGUUUAUUAACCGUUGAAGCAAGGGGCUCUUUAACAUUUUGUCUCAGUGUUUAACACAUAAAUGAGAAAAAAAUAGUUGUUAAACUGCGAACUAAUCUUUCCUACAGUAUACUUCAUUUUUCUUUCCAAUAAUUUGAUUUAUGUUUUAAACAAGAAAAGGCGCGUGCAAAGUUCACAAAGGUACAUGUUCUAAUGUUCUAAUAUGUUAUUUUGCUAGGGCAAGUGAUGGAGAAUACAACCCUAUUUACCUACAAUCCUGGAGAAAACACAAGCACUUACGCUAAUGCGUCAUUUGUUCCUAUCUUUUUGGACGAACCAAUAAAUUUUGCAACCAACGAGUUAAGGGUUGCAGCAGAGCUUGCUUGUCAAGGGGACGUGAACUGCUUGUUCGACAUCGCUUCCACUGGAGAUGUAUCUGUUGGAGAGAGCACCAAACAAGUAGCUGUACAAAUUGAAAUUGACUCACAGGCAUUGGGUAAGACAGUGGCGCAGUUGUUUGAUUAUGCGCGUUAUAAAUUUUGAAAUAUUAUUAUAUCGUUACUGUCAAGUAUCUUCUUGCCAAGGAUUGCCGCUUUUAAGAAGUCUGGAUGUAAACUCUACCACACCGAACACAGACAUCUCAGCUGAUAGGAAUAAUAAUUCGUAAAAAGUGAACCACAAUUUUGAAUUUGAAGAAAGACAUUUCUUCAUUGAUGUAUGAUCAUCUUCAGUUGCAAGUAAUACAGUAACUUUGGGUUGAAACAGACCUUUGUCACGCGGCGGCCAUUUUAUUCCAAGAGAUUAAAAAAGCUUUCUUUUGCACGGCUAGCCUCGCAGUGAAAACGACGCUAGCCGUGCAAAUACAAAUCUUUUUUAAUCUCUUGGGACAAAAAGGCCACCGCGUGACAAAGGUCUAUAUAACAAUACAUGCACAAGUAUAUGGUGAUACAUCAUGCAUCACCAUAAUUGUUAUUUCGAAGCUGAUAAACUGUAUUACAUGCAACUGAAGAUGAUCGUAGACGAUGGAGACAUUUAUUGCUUUAAAUUCAAAGUUGUAGUUCAUUUUUUGCGGAUCUUUGUUUAUUCUCCAUUUUCCAGACCAAAUGAAUGAAAAUUAGAUUCAAAUCCAAUGGUAUCUCAUUGGCCUCCUUCUUAAACCUGGUUACCAUUUAAUAAAACUGUGCCACACAUCUCUGCACUUCGUGAUAGUACUAAUUCCAUGCUUAGAGUAAGGGAUCUCCGUCCUUUUUUAAUGCUCAGUCUAUUUUUAUAAUGUUCAUGUUUUGCAGAAAAUUUCCCUCCAAGGAUUCUAACAGGACCAACUGAGGUCAAUAUAACUGUCAACGAAACAGCUACUAUUAUUGUGACAGCAGAGGAUCCUAACAACGAUUCCUUGACUUUCACUUUAUCUGGAACACUUCCCACCGGUUAUACAACGACAAGCGAUGCGUCGUCAAUAACUUUGACUUGGAGGGUUACCUCUGAGGAGGUAACCGUUUGUUAUUGUAAAUCACAGUUUGUCUUCAGCCUGGUGUGGGGGGCUUCUGAAAAAAUAAGAUAUUGAUUUUUUUAUUCUUCUUUAAUACCGUUUUCAAAUAGAUCUCAUUUGCUCGUAUUUAUAUUUUCAUGCAGACUCUUUUGAGUAUUCCGCUUCAAAAUUAAUUUUGACAAGCACUUUACUUUUACAGAUCGAAGUAGACUUCAUUGUGUCGGAUGGAACUGCAACCACAGUCUUAAGUCCAGUCAUUUAUGUUUGCGCAUGUCUUAAUGAUGGAAGCUGCUUUCAUGAAGAAGAGGAUAGCGAGGAAAACAAUGCCAACAACACAGAAAGAUUCAACACUCUCUCGUGCGCGUGUAAGGAUGGUUACACCGGAUCCUUUUGUGAUUCAGAUCUUGACGCCUGCGAAGAAAAUUCCCAGCCAUGUUACCCAGGUGUCACCUGUACUGAUUUACCGCCACCUGCAAACGAGACUGGAUUCCAAUGCGACCCCUGUCCAAGUGGUUACUCAGGAGAUGGUAUUGAUUGUACAGGUAUAUCAUAAUUAUAGGUUACUGACCAGGCAAAACGGCUCAAGGCCAAUACCCAACCAUCUUGUCUUGCGGCUGGACCACCAGGGAAAUCCCGAAAGGUCAAGAUGGGCCUUUCUUUCACGCUCUGGUGGCCAAUCAGAACAAGGGAUUAGCUUCAAAUUGCUCACGGCCUCUACAGUCAUAUAAUAAAGGCGUUUAUUGCAACUUAUGAUUUCCCGCCUCCAAAUAAUAUCCAGGGAUAUAGUCAUCCUUCAAACGAUCAUAUAUAAUCCCGAGCCGGUUUAUGUUAGCUACGAAGGAAUGCUAGCAUCGUACAAACGCCCUUCGGUGCUCAAACAUCUUCGAUGGUACGGUUUCUGUCGUUUGUUUCUUUAGGUUAUCCGUUUGAGCCCGGAGUUCAUUAGCAGAUACUCAAGAGUUGGUAUUCUUACUCUUUUACUUAAAAUGUACUUAGUAUGUUUUCUAUAUACUUCGUUUCUUUUAGACAUUGAUGAAUGCUCUGUAAACAAAGGUGGCUGUCAGCACAAUUGCAUUAACACCCCCGGCUCAUUAGCAUGUAAGUGUGAUGAUGGAUAUUAUCUCGAUGCAGACAAAAAGUCUUGCCAGGGUAAGAACGAUUCAACCUUGUUUGUCUCGUCUUUUUUUCUCCCAUUUCUUAAUUUGAAAGUUUGUCAGCAAGAAUCUCAUGUGUUACGUUUGCCUAAACCUUGAAUCGGAUUCUCAAUGCCACUUCGUUUGGAAAGAAGUAUGAAGAUGACAGUUUACAGUGUACUCUUGCGCUUUCAGAUGUGAAUGAGUGUUCCCCUGCCAGUGACUGUAUGCAUCAAUGUGAAAAUACCGCAGGAGGAUAUAAUUGCAAAUGUGAUGAAAAUUUUAAGGUGGAUCCUGCUGAUUCAAAGAAAUGCAUACGUGAGUAUUCUUAUUCAAGGGCAAUUAUCGCCUGUCUGUGCCACUCAUGUAAAAAAAUAUAUAUUUUAAAAAAAUCACCUUUACUUUCAUUGUUCCUAACGUGAUGUUUGUUAUUAUUAUUUUUCGUCAGCUGAAAAUGUAUGUACAGGUCAACAUGGCUGCCAACAAGUUUGUUAUCAAGCAGAUGGACAGAACAAGUGUUCGUGCCACGCGGGAUAUGAACUAAACCAAGAUGGCAUGACAUGCUCAGGUAUUUAUUUAAACAAAUACUUUAUUCAGGCAGCUGAUCAUUUAAAACAUGAGUAGUUUAGGAACAAGGUCGCUAGAACGAAAGUUGUUACUGAAGUAAUCCAGGUUGGCAUGACCUGUUGUAACUAUCUAAGAUUACCAGUAAAGGGCUUCGUCUCGAUACCCAACCAUACUAGUGUCCACUGACCUUGUCUGGGAGCGUUCCGCCAGGUCGUGGUUUCUAAAAAAAGAUAUUUAACAGUUACGGUGGACAUCGCAGAAUUAAAUGAAACUUGGCGACUAUAAUUGGUUGCCUAGGGAGGUCUUGGUAAAAGUCCUCUAAGCCUAUCAAACCCUUUUUUUCACUUGGAACUUUCUUGACCGCUGAAGACAAAAUUUUUUGCAAAUUAACCUUUUCGCUGCUUAAAAACAAAGAGCCCGUCUAAAUUCAGCGACGAUUGAUUGAUCGGUCGAAAACUGAGAAGCGUGCUCGCUUCCUGGCGCCCUGCGGCUCACGUAUUGUUAAAUUUCUUUCACAUGAUUGGCUAGUUCGUUAGACCACAAACACAAAGGGAAAGGAAUGUAGUUUGGUUUUCAGCAGCCGUUUGUGGGAAGGAGCGUUUCCUGACGACACUAAAAAUGGUUGUGUAGCUGACUAAUCAAAGGGCAACCCUGCUCUAUGAUAUGUCACGUACAAUGGUAUGAUUUCACAUAAUUAUACUUUAACUACUCCUCUUUUCCAGAUAUAAACGAAUGUGAGACUGGAAAAAGUCUAUGCAGUCAGACGUGUAGUAAUCGAAUGGAAGGUUACAAUUGCUCCUGUGCAGACGGAUUUAGUCUUGACAGUGACGGUUACACUUGCAACGGUAUCCAGUUUGUUCUGACUUGUUUUUCUCGGGCAUAUAUUGAAAGAAAACAAAACUGAUAAAAAAGGAAAGAUAUAUAGAUAUAGAUAUAGAUAUAUAUAUAAAUAGGAGAAAUAAUGAAAAUGAUUACGAUAAUGAUGAAGAUAAUGUUAAUGAUGAUGAUGGGUCCAUCAACUGAAAUUACCCAUGCAAAGCUUUAAUUAUUUUUGACCAACAAAUAAUUUUAAAUAAAAAAAAGAUUAUUCUUAAUAAAAUAAGACUAAGAAAAUUAGUGAAAGCGGAGCAUGCAAACUGAUAAUCAUUUCCAUUUUAAAUUGACUCAUUAGAUUGUCCGCAAUUAGUUUUUGAUUUCGGUAUAAUCUUGGAGCAUUUAACUUUGUUAAACUGUUUUGGUCUACCUCUGUUCUCUUUAUAAGAUAUCGAUGAAUGCAGGGAAUUCACUUUCCAAUGUCAAGAUGCUUCCCAGACUUGUAGUAAUCUCCACGGAUCUUACAAGUGCGUCUGUGGAGAAGAUUUGUACUGGAUUGACAACAAAUGCCAAGGUUUGCUUGCAAAUGAAUUCAGUUGUUAUUUGAAUCAAGCCAUGACUUUAAUUUGUUCUGAUUUAUCAAUGAUUUGGACUCAUCUUUAACAGAUUGUUCAGUCAAAGUUGUUUUGCCACUAUCAUUGGUGAUUUUCUACAGUUUACCAUGUUCCUACAUACAUACAUACUUACAUACAUACAUAUUUAUUGGUUUGUCCCAACAGGCCUUUCAGAGUCAAUGUCACAGUAAUAAUAUUAAUCACAUAAAGCUCAAAACACGAAAAAUAAUUAACUAACUAAAUUAAAAGGAGGCGUCUAGAAGAAGUCGCCUAAUUGACGCUUAAAACUUUUAACGAAUUCGCUUACUUUGAGCUCUGGUUGUAGCUUAUUCCAAAGGGGACGUCGCUCUAAAUUCGAAGGACCUUUGGCCACUAGCAGUGCAUAAGAGUGGUAUUCUCAACAUUUCCGAGUUCCUGAUUGUCUUUCAUUACCAAACCAUAAUAUCUUUGUAACACAUGUACUACAGCAUCAUUACAGGAGGCUGCUUGGCCAUUUGGUCAGCGCGUCGGACUCUUAAUCCGGUUGUCCCGGGUUCGAGUUCCAGUUUGGCCACUUGCAGGACUUUUUUUCGUUUUUCCCGAGUUAAAAUCCUCGGAGACGCUUGUAAAUAGCCAACUGGUUGCCGGAUGUUUUUGGGAUCUUAAUCCUUUUAUCUUAAGUUUGAAUUAUUUGUUCUAAUAUUGUGUGUUUUCACAUGACGUCAUGGAGGCCAUAUUUGUGUCCCAAAACAAUGAAACGGCGGCCAUGUUUGUGUCCCAAACCAAUCCUGUGUCCUAGAAUUAUGAAUCCUGCCUCUGUUAAAGAAUAACUGGAAUGAUUAUUCCUUUCAGGAAAUCAGCUUAAUACAAAAUAUUAACAAUUAAUGAACGAGACUGAGUAUCUUAUGAAGAAUUAUGAAGAUCGAGGAGGGUGUUAUCCGUCGAGGCCGUAGGCCGAGGCGGAGGACACCCUCCGAGAUCUCCAUAAUUCUUCAGAUGAUACGAAAGCCGAAUUCAAUAAUUGUUUUAUUAUUCAUUCAAAAUAAUUGCUAGUUUAAAAACAUAGCUAAAAAAUGCUUACCACCGUCGAUGUUAAGUUCAUUCUAGAUGGUGCACGUUUAAGGUUGUUCAGAUCCGCACAUAUUCUCCAAAUAGCCGAUGUCGCAAUUCGAGUUGUCUUCUUGCUGUUCUUGCCAUGUCUUUAACUAUUAUUUCGCCUAGUUCUUACUCUUGAAACGAGUGAAAUUUCCGCCAUUUUUGUUUUCACAACCUAAACAACUGAACCUCGUCCCCAGGUAUCUUGGUGAACGGUGCAUUAACUGCAAGGAAGCUGCACUUUUGACGUCAUCGGUUGAUUUAUCGCAAAAUUCUUUCAAAGCUGGUCAUCAGUAGCUGGUUAUGGUGAAUUAUGCGUGUGCUUUAGCCAAUCAGAAUAAGAGAAAUACUUUGAAUGAAUAAUAAAUAUAUUUAUUUCUUUUUUUCCAAAGGACUUGGUAAAGGAGAAGCUCCUCCACCGCCUCCACCCGCAUCAACACCGAGAACACCUUCUGCAGAAGAAACGGCCGAAUCAGUCAGCGUAAAUGUCGGAUUAAAUAUUUCUGAGGUGAGCCAUUUUUCUGGCAAUCAAUUAGUUGGAAUUUUUUGAAAACCUACCUUGCGAAAAUGGCCAUCAUUUGACUAAAAACAAAACCCAUCUUUCUGCCCUCCGAUAAGCGAAAGUGAGGUAAAAGGAGCACCCCCUCCUCAAUUUGUAAGACGCUCCAGAUCAAACCAAAGGGGCAAAUUCAAUAGUUACUUAAAGGCGCCAAUAUUGAGCCACGAGUUAGACACAAGGAUAUUGCUGUUUUGGGUUAAUUCUGUGCAAAAGUCAUUGCCUUUACCCUAUACACGAAAUGUUUCUAUACAGUUAUGAAGAAGAUAUCAAUAGUCAACAAUAACCAUGAUAACCUUUUUGGUGAUUUUUGCAGGCAUAACAUUAUAACUUGAAAAAAGUUGACAGUUUUUAAUACAUUAUUAUCCUUGCCCUCCGUUGCAACAGACGACAAGAAACAGUUUAAAUGUCUAAAUAUAAUCUUAAAUAACAAAAUUAACCAUUAUUUUUGGAAUUAAAUUGAAACGAAGACAAUUGCAGAUUUUAGCUUUUUAAAAGAGAGGUCAACUAGCGUGACAUUCUAAUUUCUAGAUCUCUCAGCUAAUUUUUCUUAUUGCAGUGGAAUAAACCAAAGGAGGACGCGUUCAAGCAGUCCGUUGCACAAGCAGCUACAGAUCAUUGUUUGACAGGUAGCAACUGUCAAUCAACGGAAACCAGGUAUUGACUACUUGUCGAUUUAUUGCUUUACUGAUUGAUUGCUUGAAGAAUGGAUGGAUGCUUAAUUCUCCAUAGACUCAUUUCUUGACAGUUUAACUAAAUUUGUCAUCAUUUCAAUAUUUUGAUCCGGAGAUUAAGAAAGUAGCUGUGAAGUAAGGAAUCUGCACAAAACAACAACAACAACAACAACAACAACAACAAUAUAUCAUAAUAAUAAUGAUGAUGAUGAUGAUGAUGAUGCUUAUACAUUGUAGUUAUGAUAAAUAUAAUAUGAUAAUAAAUAACAAAAAGACAACAAAUCCACUCCCAUUUUAAGCUCUCGACGCAAACGCAGAUCAGCGGGAAGCCUGGUCUUUACAGAGAACCAAGUACACGUGUUGCCUGGUUACCCAAAACAGAUUUCAGUGAGUCCACUCCUGGCAAAUAUUUCAUUUUACAUACAGUCUCCGGCUGGAUCGUCGUUUACCGUCAUGCCGAAAGCUGUCGUGGUUGCCAUCGUUCAGAGUUCUCUGGCAAGCAUUUCAAGCGCCCUCAAUGCCAACAUAUCAAGUGUACAAACGCUUUUUGCAGACACAACGACAGCGACAUCUUCAACUCCGCCGAUUACAACCGCCACUACACGGGUGUUACCUACGGAGAAAGAAAGCAAUAUGAAAUAUAUCAUUGCUGGUUGUGUUGCUAGUGGGGUGGUGAUUAUCAUCAUUGUCGUAAUCCUUGUGUGGUGGUGCAAUAAGAAAAAAAGGUACCUGUGCCAC